CGUAAAGAACGUGGUGAUGCAGAUCUGCGUGAAAUCUGUUGCUUCGGUCCACCGCCAAAUUCAAACUCGGAGAGAAAGGGAAGCUGGUGGUGAAGCAGAGCAGUCGGGACAGUUUUCACCAGUGUUGGUUUAAGUUCAGUACAGGGUCUUCAGUGAUGGAUGGUGUUGGUAGAGCUGUGGUUGGGGUCUGGCGGGCACACACAGUCCUGGAUGAAUCUGAUGGGGCAGAGAGCUCCCCAGAAGCCCCUGACCAUUUCCGUAAGAUGCGCUCCUCAUCCUCUUUAAACUCUCUAAGAAUGUCGUUGCGCAAGCGGCUCCCACUGCGUUCUGUCCAGACGAACUCUCUCCCUGAGAAUCCAACUUGGGAAAACCUGAAGGAGCAGCCCAAGCCCAACCCCGUCCGCAAAUUUACUCGCAGUGCCCGGAACUCCAUCAGCGAUAUGUAUCAGAGGUUGCAGAGAACCAGAGAGUUUUCACGUGAGGAAUGUUUGGUAGCAACCCCGGGCCGUGAGGGGGAAAAUGCUUGUGCAUCAACUUCUUGCACCCCAAGGCGUACUCCCCGCCGAGCUACAACACCCAGACAAACCCCGAGAUCUGCAGCUACUCCAGGCUCUAGAGGGCGGAAGACACCUGAAGCUACUGUACAUGGGGUGAAAGCAGGUGGAGGCAGGAGGCAACUGGUCCGAAUGGCUGCACUACGAAGCCCCUUUGCUUCUCCCAACACACAGAACCAGAGGCUAAAAUUUAACCAGGAUUUGGAGUCAGUUUCCAGUGGUCUUAGGAGGCUCAAACACCUGUCCAAAGCCUUUGAUGGCAUCAUUGGCAGAGAAAACAGACCUAGUUCAAGGGAAUGCUCUGGAGGGGUGAUGAUGAGAAAGUUGGACCCAAGCGGUAAACUCAGUCGAUCAAAUCUCACGCGCCGAGCCUCGCGCCUCUCAAACACACUGGGGGGUUGGGCAAACACAGCUGUGAACACGGUUCGCAAACCCAACUGAACUAUAUGUGUAUGCGUACGUAUAAAAUACAGGACCUUUUUGUAGUCGUGUCUUACAUGUAUUAUUAUAGCGUGACUGUUACGUAUACAUGUAGGUUUGUUAUAUACUGGGAGACUAUUUUAUGGCAGCUUGCCUUCUUUUAUUUCUGUGCUGUUGUUUAAUUGACAGCAUUUGUGUGAAUCUUGUGUGUUUACAUGUCUCAGGUUAGCUGAUUGUGGGUUGAAUAUCCUCACUGUGGCAGCCAAAGGGAUUUUUUUAAUUGUGGUCUAUGUGUUUGUCUAAUCUGCUGCAACUACUGGUUUCUGUUACAUUUUUUAAAAAUACUAAUAUUUUAUUUAGUUUAUGUUCUCACUUAUUUUCUGAAAUCUACUUUAAAGAGAUGCUGCACAUGACCAAAAUUAUAGCUGUAGAACUAACACUAAAUAUACUGACACAGGGGAGAUAUAUUCUUCUACUUUAUAUGUAUGCAAUACUCUAACAUGUUUUUAUUAUGACAUUUGAUUAAACCAAAUUAUAUUUUUAUUACAAGGAACUGGGUAUUUUUUUAGGCUGUAUUUAAAUGGGACUUUCAUUCAGGCAGAGGUCAGCACUUGCAAUAGCCUGUGAAUGAUUUAUACACCAAUGCUGUACACAUAAAUCAUCUGAUAAUGUGAUAGGGGAAGAGUUAAUGGUUCAUUACUAGAUGACAGCAAUGAUGAUGAUGUUAUAAAGAAAAGUCCAGCAAGUUAUUAGUGUAAGGGCAGCCAAGCCAGUGGCAUCAAAUGAAGCAAAACACUUCACUUUUCUUUUUUUUCUUCUUUUUUUUCCCCCGUGUGCUUCCUUUUUCUGUAUUAAUUAAAACAGGAGAAACUAAAUGUGAAAAGCAUCUACACAAUAAACCUGUAAACUUC